AUGGAAGACCCCGACAUUUUCGGCGACAUCAGCCGGAUGCACCAAAAGCAAAUCACGAUUCACGCUGGGGACGAGGGUCUGGCGGAGACGGGACGCGUCUUGUAUGUGGAGCCAGACUGGACGACGGACGAUCUGCUGCAGGCCGCGGGCAGGCGGCUAGACCUGGUCUCGACCCCGAAGAGGAUGUUCAAUUGCAAUGGCAUGGAGGUGGCCGACGUUAUGAUGAUCGAAGAUCGCGAGGUGAUAUUCUUCACGCAGGGAGGGGACUACGUGGCGCCGCUCUUGGCAGACGGGGACGAUGCGGACGGCGGCGGCUCAACCUCCGGUCUGCCUGCGGUGGUCGGUGCCUACAAGGUGAACGAGUUUCUGGGCAAGGGCGGCUUCGGGGAGGUAAGGGUCGGCGAGCACCAGCUCACAGGGGAGCGGGUAGCGCUGAAAUUCUUGAGGAAGAGCGCCAUCGCGGACAUGGGGGCGGCGGAGCGGACCACCACCGAGAUUCAGUGUCUCACGGCGCUGAAGCACCCGAACAUCAUACGCCUCGUGCAGCACAUCAACUCCUCGCAGAACGUCAUCAUGGUGUUUGAGCUGGCGGAAGGGGGUGACCUUUACCAGUUCCUGUGUGGGGCGCCCGGGCAGCGUGUGGACGAGGAGGAAGGGAGGGCGGUCUUCCGGCAGAUCGUUAGCGGGGUGGGGUACGCGCACAACCAGCACAUCUGCCACCGCGACAUGAAGCUGGACAAUGUCUUGCUUUCUCGCCCGGGCUGUCUGAAAGAGGUGAAACUCGCUGACUUCGGGCUCAGCGACUUCUACCGCCCCGGAGCGACGAUGCGCACCAACUGCGGGUCGAUUUCCUACCUCGCGCCUGAGGUGUUUCGGGGAACGUCGAACGCCGGGCCUCCCCUAGACGUGUGGUCCAUCGGGGUGAUUCUGUUCGCGUUGUUGUGCGGGCGCCUGCCCUUUGAGGGGAGCGAUUUGCAGGGCACGAACCGACCACGAGAAGCAGCCAUCCGGCGCCGGAUCAUGGAGUGUCGAUACAAGCCUGUGGAGUCUCUUUCGCCAGAGGCUAAGGAUCUGCUGAGGAGGAUGCUGAAGCUGGACCCCAAUGAGCGCGCGUCGAUCCCCGAGAUCUUCAACCACAGCUGGCUUCGGUUUCGAAAUGUCACAUCGCUCGACAACCAGGCUAUCGACUGGGUCACGCGGGGGUACGGGGGGGUCGAACAGCCCGCGGCUGUUGGCCCCGUUAUUGACGAGGUCGGGCACCCCGCCAGAUCGUGCUCGAUCCUCUGGAGCCCAAGUCACCCGGGUCAGGAGGGGCAGGGCGACAGCAGCAGUGGCCGGGCGCCGGGGUGGACUUGGAGGAGGCGAAAGGCGUUCCGCGUGAUGCGGAAGCGAUGGGGGGGUUCCGGGGCGCUGCGGGCCCCGCCGAGUGCAAGACGUCGUCGGGACAUCGAGGAGGAGGUGGAGGAGGACGAGGGGCAUCUGGUCAUGGUGGCGGAGACCGAGGGAGAUGCCAACCACAGCGGAAGCGACAGCAGCGGCGACGAGUCGCACAACUCAAGAGUCGGACGAGGUGGGCGUGGGCGGGACUUUACGCUGACGAUGCACCCGGUUCGGGGCAGCCCCAACGGUGGCUCGGCGCACCCGGGGGGCGGGGGGGGCGGCGGCGUCGGCGGUGGUGGCGGCGAUGGCGGGACAACGAAGCCGAUGAUCCGCAUGAACUCUCGCCUCGGUGCUACCCAUCCUGCCCGUUGCAAGACCCUGUCCGGUCUCGGCGGUGUCUCGUCCACCACUAUCAACAUCACCUCGGGCGGGGCCGCCGCUGUCCCAGGUGGUGGUGGAGGGAGCAUUACGGGAGGAGCAGGGAGUGGGGGGAGCGGCGGCGGAGGCGGGGGCGGAAUCCGAAGCCGUACGGGCGUGAUGAAGUCGAGAACGAUGGACCUCAGCCACCACCUCUCGCGGCCGGCAGCGACGGCCGGCGAGCAGAGGUCGCAAGCCCCGUCAAGAUCUGUGUCGCCACCGCCGUUGCAACACCACGGCCAGCACGAACACCGACGGCGGGGGACGGUCCGUCAACGAACGUGGUCGGCAAGCGAAGCGGCGGCGGCGGCGGCGCAACAACAAAGCGACGAAGACGAGACGUGGGGACAGGGAGCACCGGAGGGCGACAGACGGGACCAUGGCGAGGGGAGAGACCAAGAGGGGCGUGAUGGGGACGGCGGCGGUGGCGGCGGUGGCGGCGACGGCCACCCUGGGGAGGAGAAGGGAACGGGCAUCUUGCCAUCCCUGAGCCCGAGAAGCGCUGCGGACACCGAUCCCUACCGAAACGACGGGAGUCACGGCAGCGGUAGUAGGCCCGCGCGACCACGCACGGGCAGCAGCCCGCGCGGCGACGGGAGUGGAAGGCAUCGAGAUAACCACCACCAACGGGAAGAACGAAAGUCUCCUAGGGAAAGUGGGAGCGGCAGUGGGAGCGAUAACUCGCCCCGUUAUCAACCUUCGAUGAGGCCCACAACGUCUCCCCCCAGCACCGCAGGCGGCGGCAACAGUAGAAGUAGAGGCGGAUGGAGUGAGGGGCGCGGCAGCUGGCAGGGCUGGGGCGGCUCCUGGGAUGGGAAAGAGGGAGAAGACGAAGACGAUCGUAAUCGCCGCGAUUCCGGCCACCUGUUGCCGCGGUCAUCCUGUAGUCCUUUGCUCCAGGAAAAGCAGAGAGACUCCGCUGGCGGUAGCGGUGCAGACAGGAGAGAUGGAGAGCACGAGAAUGACGUUAGCUACGGGCAUCAAGGACCAUCCUCGCCCUCAAGGCUGCGCAAGUCUUCCUCCGAGGGGUUCAAGCUCCCGCAAUCACCGAGCCUGCGACGGCAGCAGUUGUCACGCCAGGGACGGUCGCAAGGCGACGUUGAACACAGCGACAGCAGCAACAGCAGCAGCCAGCCAGGCGCAACCUCAGCAGCACUAUCAGCAACAAUAGGAGGCACCGAGCGAAGAAGUAGAGGUAACGAAGAUGAACGACAAGAUCGCAACGACGAGCGACCUGACGACGCCAAUGGCGCCGCGUGUAGCAAUGCCCCGAGUAGCGGGGUGUUCAUGUUGGCACCGAGCAUAAUUUCGAGCGGAACUGGGAGGAUGGGCAACACCCAACGACCUCGCCGAAGUACUUUGUCUACAACCGGCUCUGACGUGUCAUCCGAUGGGGAGAACGAGGGGUCGGAUGCUCAAACGCCUGACGCAGCGGCGCGGUCGGAAGGAACACCGACGACAGCUUCUGCUGCAAAAACUCCGCUUGUUCCGCUCACAAGAGGAGACUGCGAUCAGACGAAGGAGCGUGGGAACGAGGAGGAGGAGGAAGAAGAUGACCUGUCAAGUAGAGACCAGGAAUCGUGGGGAGUUGGCAGGGACUCAAAAGGGGAAGGCACUACGCCGCGGGACGUUUGA